AUGACUGCCGGCAAGAAACUGAAAGUCAUCAUUGUUGGCGCCGGCUUCGGCGGGCUUGGAGCCGCAAUCGAAUGUGCACACCGUGGCAUGGAUGUCACGGUGUUGGAGAAGUAUCCUGACUCCAACAGCCAAGGUGAUAUUCUUGAUUUCUUCCCCAAUGCUGGCCGUAUCAUCAAUCGAUGGGAUGCAGGCAAGGUUGGCCAGCAAAUUCACGACACAGGUUGUAGUCAAAUCCGCACCAUGGAGCUGUACAAGUACGACAGCAAAUUCAUCGUUGAUGUUCCGUGGGCAAGGGAUGGAAAAGAACACAACAUCACCUAUGCAGGCCACCGAGGCAAGAUUCACUCGAUUUUCCUUGCUUAUGCGAAGACCUGUGUCCAGGACAUUAGGAUCGGCGUUUCAGUCACGAAUUACCUUGAAGAAGAAAGCCAAGCAGGUGUGAAGCUCAGCACUGGCGAGACUAUUUGGGCCGACUGUGUCAUCGCCGCAGACGGCCCACGAUCCAUCGCUCGAGCUCAGGUUUUGCAUCUUGACGACAAGAAGAUCGACGAGACCACGAGCGGCUGGUCUGUGUUCAGAAGCUUCUUCAAGACUGACGAAACGAUGAGAAAUCACCCCGGAAUCAAGGAUCUUUUCCACGAGGAUAGAGAUACUGUUCGAUUCUGGAUGUAUGAUAACUUGAGCCUGAUGGCCUUUGUUUGGAACCAAGCUCAAGGUAUUGCCUGGGUCUUGGUUCAUCCGGACGACAAAGAAUCAUCUGAAUCUUGGUCCAAUAUCGCCGAAAGAGAACAUGUAGCAAAGUGGAUGAGUUUCUUCCCAGGAAGAGAUGCUCAAGCGCUCCUCGACGUUACACCUUCUGACAAGACCAUCGAUUUCAAGCUGGUCUAUCGGCCAACCAUAGACACUUGGGUUAGCAAAGGUGGCCGCACGAUUCUCAUCGGAGACGCUGCUCAUGCCAACCUUCCUACUGCCGGACAAGGCGCUUCUCAAGCUCUCGAAGACGCGGUGACUGUCGCUGAGUGUUUACAGUCAUCCAACGGAGACGUCAAACUAGCACUUGAAGCCGCACAACGGAUCCGGUACCAUCGGUCCAAUGCAGUGCACAAGAGCGGACAACAGAAUAGAGAUGCAUUCUACAAGAUUCCCUGGGAUGACAUCGAGGCGGCCCCGGAAGAGUGGGCCAACAAGCGGUUCCCCAAGCUGAAGCCCUGGGACCCUUUGGGGUUUGCCAGAGAGCAGUUUCCCAAGGUUGCUAAGGACAUCAAAAACGGUGUCACGGGACAUCUUAACGAUGUCGCUGUGGCUCCGCCCCCUGGCGGGUACUGGUGA